CUGCUCUUAUUCAGAAGACAGGACGGAAACGCUGCAUUGAAUCCGUGCUGCUGUUUAUCGGGUUCAACCCCUCCGACUCGGAAUGAGCCAGCGUUGACGUCCGGCGCCGGGCCCGUUUAGCCGCCGUCACCCCGCCGUGCCUUCGUGAUCCUGGCGGGCCCGAACCACCCGCCAUGGCCUCGGCGUUCCCCCGCUGCACAUCUGUCAGACUCCCCAUGUCUGUCGCCGUCAUCCUCCUGCUGAUGUCGGUGACCGCUGUGCAGUCCUCCCAAGGGGACAAGGAGCCGGUGUACCGGGACUGCGUGAAGCUGUGUGUCCGGACGAACUGCACCGGAGCCCGGCUGCUGGGUUUCGAGUCCAGCCAGCCGCACUACAUGGCGCUGACAGGUUGGACGUGUCGGGACGACUGUAGAUACCAGUGCAUGUGGACCACUGUUGGCCUUUACCAGGCUGAAGGAUACAGAGUCCCACAGUUCCACGGAAAGUGGCCGUUUGUGCGCAUCUUGUGCUUCGAGGAACCUGCGUCUGCGCUGGCGUCUCUGCUGAACGGCUUGGCCUGCCUGCUGAUGAUGCUGCGCUACCGGAGCACGGUGCCACGCCAGAGCCCCAUGUACCACACCAUCAACGCCUUCUCUCUGGUGUCACUGAAUGCUUGGUUGUGGUCUACAGUGUUUCACACCCGGGACACAUUUCUCACGGAGAAAAUGGACUAUUUCUGUGCAACAGCAGUGAUUCUUUACUCCAUCUACCUGUGCUGCGUCAGGACUUUGGGUUUGAGGCGGCCGGGUGUGUCCAGCAUGGUGGGCGCUCUGCUCAUCCUGGCCUUCACCUCCCACGUCUCCUACCUGACGUUCAUCAGAUUUGACUACGGAUACAACAUGGCCGCCAACGUGUCCAUCGGCAUGGUGAACAUGCUGUGGUGGUUCUGUUGGUGCUGGCAGAACCGGCGGACUCUCCCCUACUGGUGGAAGUGUGGCCUGGUGGUUCUGCUGCUUCAUGGCCUGGCCCUGCUGGAGCUGCUGGACUUCCCGCCGCUGCUCUGGAUCCUAGACGCCCACGCUGUGUGGCACCUCAGCACCAUCCCAGUGCACUUCCUUUUCUACAGUUUCCUGAUAGAUGACAGCCUCUAUUUACUGAACACAGAGAAGUUGGGGGUUAAAGUUGAGUAGGAGGAGCGGCGCGCCUCUUCAUCGCUCACAGAAGCCGCUCCGCCUCCCAGAUGACGCCGCUCACCACACCUCUGACUCGCAUCAAAGUACACUUUGUUUACAUAUUCUUUAUUUAACUUCCAUAUUUGUUUUACUUUGCCUUGCACUGUCGUGUGUGCUACAGUCUUAUCACAACUGAACAUUUUGAGACACGUUCAAGGGGGGAAGUACUUGAAAAGAGGAAGAAAUGCCUGAAAUGAAUGAAUGAAAUAAAUCCCUUCACCUCUGAGAGAGAAAUCUGCAGCAGCGGCGACCAAAAUUGGCGGCAGGUUGGUUUUGUCAGCGCAGUGCCUGAAACGGGCCGCUGGACUCAGAGCGGUUCCCUCAUAUGGAGCCGCUGACUGUUCUGUUCUGGAAAGGCGGGGAAGCCCAUUCCAGCUGACAGCUUUUUUUUUUUCUCACUGUCACACCUUUACUUUUGUGCCUCUCUUGUUUCCAUAGCUGCUUUUGUUUGCUCUUGUUUCUGUUUUUAUCAUCGGCCUUGUUUGAUUUUGAUCAGUGUUUCGCUCAGUUUUGCCUUUAUUUUGAUCUUUUUUAUUAUUUUUUUCUGUGGGAUAUAUUGUCAUUCACCUGGACUGCCUUUUAGAGUGAGAAAAGAUUGAUGUGGGAGAACGCAAAGCAAGGAAAGUUGCUGUGACUUUGUCCAAAUUCUGUGGUUUAGAUGGUGUGAGUGAAAUUCAGUGCUCCAAUGCUUAUUUUCUGAUUUAUUAUUUUAUGUUUUUCUAAACUAAAUCUUACCAAGCAUUUCUAGUGCAAAUAUCUUAGUAG